AUUUGGGAUCCAUUUCCUGCUCUUCCCGCAGAAAGUCCCAGCAGCUCCCGCGUCACGCGCAGCUCAGGCCGGCAGCCGUCCGUGCUCAGCCUCCUGUCCAAAGGAUCCAACAAGCGGAAAUCGGAGGAGGUGAACGGGGAGGCGAAGCCGGAGCUGAUGAAUGUGGAGAAGGAGGAGGAGGAGGAGCUGGAGGAGAAGGAUCAAGAUGAGAAAAGGAUGAAGAUGGAAACCAAAGACGGGUCAGAAAUCAAAGAUGAAAUCCCUCAGGUUAAGAUCACUGCUUCUGCUAAAACCACCCCCCCAAAAUGCCUCGACUGCCGGCAGUACCUGGACGACCCCGACCUCAAAUUCUUCCAAGGGGACCCUGAUGACGCCCUGGAAGAACCCGAGAUGCUGACGGACGAGCGUUUGUCCAUCUUCGACGCCAACGAGGACGGAUUCGAGAGCUACGAGGACCUUCCCCAGCACAAAGUCACCUCCUUCAGCGUUUAUGACAAGAGGGGACACCUCUGUCCCUUCGACACCGGCCUCAUCGAGAGGAACAUCGAGCUCUACUUCAGCGGCGUCGUCAAACCAAUCUACGACGACAACCCCUGCCUGGACGGUGGGGUGAGAGCCAAGAAGUUGGGGCCCAUCAACGCCUGGUGGAUCACGGGCUUCGACGGGGGGGAGAAGGCUCUGAUCGGCUUCAGCACCGCCUUUGCCGAUUACAUCCUGAUGGAGCCGAGCGAGGAGUACGCGCCGACCUUCGCGCUGAUGCAGGAGAAGAUUUACAUGAGCAAGAUCGUGGUGGAGUUCCUGCAGAACAACCGGCACGUCAGCUACGAGGACCUGCUCAACAAGAUCGAGACCACGGUGCCGCCGGCGGGGCUCAACUUCAACCGUUUCACGGAGGACUCGCUGCUGCGCCACGCCCAGUUCGUGGUGGAGCAGGUGGAGAGCUACGACGAGGCCGGCGACAGCGACGAGCCCCCGGUGCUCAUCACACCCUGCAUGAGGGACCUCAUCAAGCUGGCCGGCGUCACCCUGGGCAAGAGGCGCGCCGUGCGGCGCCAGGCCAUCCGGCACCCCACGCGCAUCGACAAGGACAAGGGUCCCACCAAAGCCACCACCACCAAGCUGGUGUACCUCAUCUUCGACACCUUCUUCUCGGAGCAGAUCGAGAAGGACGAGCGCGAGGAGGACAAGGAGAACGCCACCAAGCGCCGGCGCUGCGGCGUCUGCGAGGUGUGCCAGCAGCCCGAGUGCGGCAAGUGCAAGGCGUGCCAGAACAUGGUCAAGUUCGGGGGCAGCGGCCGCAGCAAGCAGGCGUGUCUGCAGAGGAGGUGUCCCAACCUGGCGGUGCGGGAGGCGGACGAGGACGAGGAGGUCGAUGACAACAUCCCCGAGAUGCCCUCGCCCAAGAAGAUGCUGCAGGGCCGCAAGAAAAAACAGAACAAGAGCCGGAUCUGCUGGGUGGGGGAGCCCGUCAAGAGUGAUGGCAAGAAGGAUUAUUACCAGCGCGUCUGCAUCGACUCCGAGACCCUGGAGGUCGGCGACUGCGUCUCCGUGAGCCCUGACGACCCCACCAAGCCCCUCUACCUGGCCAGGGUGACGGCCAUGUGGGAGGACAGCGGUGGCCAGAUGUUCCACGCCCACUGGUUCUGCCUGGGCUCGGACACCGUCCUGGGCGCCACCUCGGACCCGCUGGAGCUGUUCCUGGUGGACGAGUGCGAGGACAUGCAGCUCUCCUACAUCCACGGCAAGGUCAACGUCAUCUACAAGGCGCCCUCGGACAACUGGGCCAUGGAGGGCGGGCUGGACACCGAGAUCAAGAUGGUGGAGGACGACGGCCGCACCUAUUUCUACCAGAUGUGGUACGACCAGGAGUACGCGCGCUUCGAGAGCCCGCCCGCCGCCCAGCCCACCGACGACAACAAGUACAAGUCAGUUUUCGGUGCCAAAACCACCAUUUCACGCCCGAAUCCCAAAUCUCCGCCCAACUCUUGACGCAAAAUUCAGAAUCGACGCUGGAUCACCCAACCCUCGGCCCCAAAAAAAUCGGAACUAUGGAAUCACAGCCCCAAUCCAAGACCCCGUAAUCCCAAACCUCCCCCAACCCUCUCCCGCCCCGGCAGCGUGAAGCCGGCCAGCCCGGCCAAGCGGCCCAAGAAGGAGGCGGUGGACGAGGAGCUGCACCCCGAGCACUACCGCAAAUACUCCGAGUACAUCAAGGGCAGCAACCUGGACGCGCCGGAGCCGUUCCGCGUCGGCCGCAUCAAGAGCAUCUGUUUUGGGGUGCGCGGCAACGGCAAACCCAACGAGAGCGACCUCGACAUCCACCUGGCCAUCUACAAGUUCUACAGACCAGAGAACACCCACAAGUCCACCAAGGCCAGUUACCACGCCGACAUCAACCUGCUGUACUGGAGCGACGAGGAGGCGACGGUGGAAUUCCGGGCGGUGCAGGGGAGGUGCUCGGUGCUCUACGGGGAGGAUCUGCAGCAGAGCAUCCAGGAGUACUCCAUGGGGGGCAGUGACAGGUUCUACUUCCUGGAGGCUUACAAUGCCAAAACCAAGAGCUUUGAGGAUCCUCCCAACCACGCCAGGAGCUCUGGGAACAAAGGGAAGGGGAAGGGGAAAGGGAAAGGAAAAGGCAAAGGCAAAGCCCCGGGCCCGGAGCAGGAGCCGGAGCCGGCGCCGGCGCCGCCCAAGCUGCGCACGCUGGACGUGUUCUCCGGCUGCGGGGGGCUCUCCGAGGGCUUCCACCAGGCAGGAGUCUCAGAGACGCUCUGGGCCAUCGAGAUGUGGGAGCCGGCGGCGCAGGCGUUCCGCCUCAACAACCCCGGCAGCACGGUGUUCACCGAGGACUGCAACGUGCUGCUCAAGCUGGUGAUGGCGGGCGAGAAAACCAAUUCCCUGGGCCAGAAGCUGCCCCAGAAGGGCGACGUGGAGAUGCUCUGCGGGGGCCCCCCCUGCCAGGGCUUCAGCGGCAUGAACCGCUUCAACUCCCGCACCUACUCCAAGUUCAAGAACUCCCUGGUGGUCUCCUUCCUCAGUUACUGCGAUUAUUACCGGCCGCGCUUCUUCCUGCUGGAGAACGUCCGGAAUUUCGUCUCCUUCAAGAGAUCCAUGGUGCUGAAGCUGACCCUGCGCUGCCUGGUGCGCAUGGGCUACCAGUGCACCUUCGGGGUGCUGCAGGCCGGGCAGUACGGCGUGGCGCAGACGCGGCGCCGCGCCAUCGUGCUGGCGGCGGCGCCGGGCGAGAAGCUGCCCAUGUUCCCCGAGCCCCUGCACGUGUUCGCCCCCCGCGCCUGCCAGCUCAGCGUGGUGGUGGACGACAAGAAAUUCGUCAGCAACAUCACGCGGACGUACUCGGGGCCGUUCCGCACCAUCACCGUGCGCGACACCAUGUCGGACCUGCCCGAGAUCCGGAACGGCGCCUCGGCGCUGGAGAUCUCCUACAACGGCGAGCCCCAGUCGUGGUUCCAGCGCCAGAUCCGCGGCUCCCAGUACCAGCCCAUCCUCAGGGACCACAUCUGCAAGGUGGGGACGGCGCCGGUUGUCCCCAGUGUCCCCCAAUGGUCCCAAAUAUCCCCCAAUGAUCCCCAACGUCCCCCAACUGUCUCCAACAUCAUUCAAUGUCCCCUGGUGGUGUCCAACACCCCCCAAUUGUCCCCAACUUCCCCAAUUGUCCCAAACAUCCCCCACUGGUGUCCAACAACCCCCAAUGGUGCCCAAUGGUCCCCAACGUCCCUCAAUUGUCCCAAACACCCUCCAUUGUCCCCAAUGGUCCCCCAGACCCCCCGACUGUCCCCAACAUCUCCCAAUGGGUUGGGUCUGGUGCUCACCAAUGACCCAAGGUUGGGUCAGCGAUGCCCCCAGUCCCCAGCGGUGGCGGUGCCGUUGCAGGGCCGGGUGCUGCACCCCGAGCAGCACCGCGUGGUCAGCGUGCGGGAGUGCGCGCGCUCCCAGGGCUUCCCCGACACCUACCGGCUCUUUGGCAACAUCCUGGACAAGCACCGCCAGGUGGGGAACGCGGUGCCCCCUCCCCUGGCCAAGGCCAUCGGGCUGGAGAUCAAGGCCUGCGCUGUGGCCAAACUGCGCCAGGACUCGGCCGGGCCGCGCGUGGCGCCGCAGGAGCCGAUGGAAGCCACGGCCUGAGCUGAGCCUGAGCUGAGCCUGAGC